AUGAGGUACCGCGACCUCGGCACAGAGCAGGAGAAGGAACAGGGGGGUUUGCAGUUCAGUUUAAACAAAUUUUCUGAAUUGAAACGAGCAGACGGAUUAUGUGAUGGUAAGCAAUCAGCGCCGCCCAUGGGGUGUCCAUGGGCGGCGCUGAUUGCUAAGAUCAUCAACGGAGGAGUUACGAAGUCUAAUGUUAAAUCAACCAUGUGGCUGCUAGGAGGUGGAGCCGCUCGCCCGGCUCAGCAGCGCCCGUGCCGAGGACCUGCAAUCCUGUCAACCCCUGACGGCGCUAUGCCUUCAGUGCAAGUUAUUACUCACAACUUCUCUACUACACCUCGGAAACGGGGACUAGCGGCCGACGCCACGUUACCAUAUUGCGCCAGCCCCGCAGCGUCUGUGUUGGUGUAUUGGCUCUAUGAGGCGCGCGCGGAGCCUCGUGAUGUAUGGUUUUUGUCGUCAGGAUAUCCUUAA